AUGUGGCGUCGGUCGUUACUGAGCCGGGUGGGGAGUACCAGCCGGAUGGCAUGGCGGACGGAACCUCAACGGGCGCAUCUCCACUAUUCACGGCCGGCAUUCGUCGUGAAGCCUUUCCUGUUAGCGGACAUCGGCGAGGGAAUACGGGAGUGCGAAAUCAUACAGUGGUUCGUGCAACCCGGAGCCAAGGUCGAACAGUUCGAUAACAUCUGUGAAGUCCAAUCGGAUAAGGCUUCGGUAGAGAUAUCGUCGAGAUAUGAUGGGGUUAUCAAGAAGCUGUACUAUGAAGCGGGCGAUAUGGCUAUUGUUGGAAAGCCUCUGGUUGAUAUAGAUAUGACUGAUCUACCAGAGGAUGCGUCCGAACCAGCCACUUCAAAUGCUGCAGCCGCUACAGACAAAUCUUCAGCGGCUGAAGCACCAGCCGCUGCUUCCUCACCAACAACCAGGUUGCCUGUUGAGAAUGCCCAAGAAGCCGUUGCCAAGAUCAACGGAAGCAACAGCGGCAAGUAUAGGACACUAGCCACACCUGCUGUCCGCAGAAUCAUAAAGGAACGUGGACUGGAUAUCACGAUGAUUAACGGCACCGGCAAGGACGGCCGUGUUCUGAAGGAGGAUGUCGAGAGAUAUGUCGAGGAGCCCACAGAAUCAUCGUCAUCAUCAUCAUCAUCAACAUCAACAUCAACAUCACCAUCUGCCCGUCCGAAAAUAGCACAGACAGUGUCUCUAGAAGAACAGACGGUUCCCUUGACGCCAAUCCAGAGCACAAUGUUCAAGACAAUGACCCGAUCACUCUCGAUACCCCACUUUUUGUACGCCGACGAGGCUUACAUUGACCGAUUGGUCGCCUUGCGUCAUACCAUCAAUAAGAAUCUGGCCAGGUCCGGCGACCCGUCCCUCAAAAAAAUCUCAUACAUGCCUUUCUUCCUCAAGGCUGUCUCAGCUGCGCUCGAAGAGUACCCUUUGAUCAAUUGCAGGGUCGAUCUUGCCGACGAGGCCAAACCAAAGCUUGUCAUGCGCCCACAGCACAACAUUGGUGUUGCAAUGGAUACACCAACGGGUCUUUUGGUUCCAAACAUCAAAAACGUUCAGCAGCUUAGUAUUCUUGAGAUCGCUUCGGAGUUGGCCCGGCUCCAAGCGGCGGGGAGCGCGGGAAAGCUCACCUCAGCCGACCUCAAAGGUGGUACCAUCACGUUGAGUAACAUUGGGAAUGUUGGCGGCACAUAUGUUGCUCCCGUGGUUGUCACGAGUGAGGUGGCGAUUAUGGGUAUCGGCAGAACCAAGGUCGUACCAGCUUUUGACGAGAAUGGGGCCGUUGUCCCGAAGACUGUUGUCAACUUUUCAUGGUCUGCGGACCAUCGCGUUGUAGAUGGUAGCACGAUGGCACGAAUGGCAAGCCUCGUCAAGCGUUAUUGCGAGGAGCCUGAAGUUUUGAUAUCCAAACUCAGAUAG